UACACGUAAAAGUAAACUCCAAGACUCACACAAGUAGUUCUGAUAUCUUUUUUUUUUUUAGUCAUGGCGGAGGAAUUUCAUGCGGGUGUUUGCGGCGGAGGAUGGUGGAAUAUGGAUUCAUCGAGAAGCGUGCUCGCCGGAGGCUCAGCCAUUACUAGUCAUGACAUGGGUUGGGGUUUGGAUUUGGUGGAUAUGAAAACUACAAGGUCUUGUCAUGAUCAAGACUCUAAUAAUUCGGCCUUGGCCGAUAGCUUUCAAACAUCUCAGAAACCUCAACAACAACAACAGACGGAUUCAGAUCACAGCGGUGGCAGCAGCAACAGUACAGUUUUGAUUGAUUCAACCUUGCAAGUGCUGGGUUUCGGGCUCCAAUCGUCCUCGGAUUGGAAUCGAGCUUUACUUAGUACUGGAGAAGACUCUUCCGUACUUAACAACUUCACGGCAAUGAAUCAAGAAUUCUGUUUAGACCAACAAAGACAGAAUUCUAUAAACACUCGGAGCAAUUGUACAACUUCUUGUGAAAGCUUGUCUGCUGGGUUUCCAGUGUCAGCCACUGCUUCUUAUGGCUACAAUUCAACAGUGAUACAAAGUUUGUUGUUUGAACCGGCAGAUGAUCCUCAAUCAGCACAUCAAUCUUUAUUCAACAAUUAUCCCAGCAAUUAUGGGACUGAUUUGAAUGAUCAAUUAAUGCCAGCUUCUUGGCCUCAAUUGUCUCCGAAUAAUUACUUGAAACCCUCAUUGCCGAAGCAGUUACAACCCACAAGCUUACACUUCACCAACAACAAGCCCUUUUUGGUUUCCUCGUCUGGGACUGCUUUAAAUGACGAAAAAGCUGCUAGAUUCUUUCAUUCAACUCAACAAGCACAAUUUCUUGGACCAUCAACAUUUGAGAAGAAACCCGAUUGUUCUACCCUCGCAACGACGGUAAAUGUUAAUAAAGGAAGCAGCAAUGAACCUGCAUUCAAGAGACCUCGAAUGGAGACACCAUCUCCAUUACCAACUUUUAAGGUGCGAAAAGAGAAGCUAGGGGACCGAAUAACUGCGCUUCAGCAAUUGGUUUCACCUUUCGGAAAGACAGAUACGGCAUCGGUUCUCCACGAAGCUAUUGACUACAUCAAGUUCCUUCACGAUCAAGUCAAUGUUUUAAGUACUCCUUAUAUGAAAAAUGGCCAUCCCAUUCAGCAAGUACAACAGUCUUUUGAUAAAUUGAACUCAUCAGAGGGGGUAAAGCAAGACCUAAAGAGUCGAGGACUUUGUUUGGUACCGAUUUCAAGCACAUUCCCAGUCUCCAAUGAAACUAGUGCUGAUUUUUGGACACCAACGUUUGGUGGAACUUUCAGGUAGAGACAAGACAAAGUUACAACUCUACCCAAUGGAAACUAUAUAUAUAUAUAUAUUGUUACAGAUAUCGAAAACCCAGAAAUCUUGUUUUGAUAACAUACAAGGUGGACAUUGCUGCACAAAAAGAAAGGGUAAUAAAGCAAACAAAUGAAAAAAGAGUGAGCUGGUUGGACCAGCUACAAAGCAAAAUGAUUAGCUAGGAAUAGCUCUUUGUAAUAACCUAAUUAAUUUUUUUUGUUAUUAUUUAUAGUUUUAAAUUUAAGGUGGGUUAGGGUUACUGGGUUAGGCACAGGAACAAGUGCUAAAUUCAGCGAAAUAAUUGAACAAUAUAGGACUUGUAUUUGUUGUUGUUAAUUAGGAGCUGAAUUUAGCAGAUUGGGAAAAAAAAAGGGGCCUUUUGUUCCUGUUACUUAAUUCUCUCCAUUUGUAUGUGUUUUCUACACUAAAUUAAGGGAUGCUGGCACCAUCUCCUUUUUGUAA